CGAUCAGGCCCAGAAAAGUAUCAUUCGCAGAUCCAGUUCACUUCUGUAAAGAACUACCAAUCAGCACUCCCAGCAAAAUGGCCUUCAAGUUCGUCUUCGCCCUCGCCUUCGUCGCCGUGGCCAGCGCCGGUUACGCCCCCAUCGCCGCCCCCCAGGUGUACCACGCCGCCCCAGCAGUGGCCACCUACGCCCACGCCCCCGUGGCAGUGGCCCAGAAGGUCGUGGUCAAGGCCGCCGAGGAGUACGACCCCCAUCCCCAGUACCGCUUCUCGUACGGAGUGGACGACAAGCUGACCGGCGACAACAAGGGACAGGUGGAGGAGCGCGACGGAGAUGUGGUCCGCGGAGAGUACUCCCUGAUCGACGCCGAUGGCUACAAGAGGACCGUCCAGUACACCGCCGACCCCAUCAACGGAUUCAACGCCGUGGUGAACCGUGAGCCCCUGGUCAAGGCCGUCGCCGUUGCCCCUGCUGUGGUGAAGACCAUCGCCGCUCCCGUUGCCCACUAUGCCGCCCCCUCUGUGGCCCACUACGCCGCCCCUGCCGUUGUGAAGACCGUGGCUCCAGUGGCUCACUAUGCCGCCCCCGCUGCCUACACCUCCUACGCCGCCCCUGCUGUGGUCAAGACCGUGGCGCCAGUGGCUCACUAUGCCGCCCCCGCUGUGGUGAAGACUGUGGCGCCAGUGGCCCACUACGCCGCCCCCGCUGCCUACGCCUCCUAUGCCGCCCCUGUCCACUAUGCCGCCCCAGCCGCCACCUACACCUCGUACUCGGCUCCCGCCGUGGCCUACCACCACUAAGUCCUGGCUGAAAUCGACGUUGUACAUAGAAUUGUUGGCUUUAUUAUUACUGUACAUUUAUUUAUUGACAGCAGCAAUAAAAAAUGCAUACACGUAUGUAGACAUAUCAUGAAAACAA